UCAGUCGUACAUGGCGGCUCAAGCUGGUGUAUAUAAGAACUUCUCUCAUUCUUCCAUUUUCAUUACAAAGUCAGAUAAAGAAAGAAAGUUAUAGAGUGAUUCUAAAGUCCCUGGCGACGACGUUUGAAUCCAAAUCCAAGUGAAAUUAGAAAACUAGUGCCUGUUUCAGAGAGAGAAAGAAUGGCUGGACCAUCUAGACCUCAGUUUGUGCUGUUUGGUUCUUCAAUCGUGGAGUUGAGUUUUCAAGCUUCGAAUGGAGGUUUUGGUGCCAUUCUCGCUGACUUGUACUAUCGUCAGGCAGAUAUAGUGUUGCGAGGAUACGGUGGUUGGAACUCAAGGCGUGGUGUACAGAUUUUAGAUCAAGUGUUUCCAAAGGAUGGUGCUGUUCAACCUUCAUUGGUCAUUGUCUAUUUUGGAGGUAAUGAUUCAGUGGACCCUCACCCUUCUGGAUUAGGCCCUCAUGUUCCUCUUCCUGACUAUAUUGAAAACAUGAAGAAGAUUGGUACCCAUCUCAAGGGCCUUUCAGAAAAUAUUCGCAUUAUAUUCCUUGGUGUCCCUCCAUGUAAUGACGAACAAAUUCGUAAAAAUGAAGCCAAUGGUCGGAAAUCGGGUCGAAACAAUGAGUCAUGCCGGAUAUAUUCAGAAGCUUGCUUAAAAGUGAGCAGAGAGUUGGGUAUUAAGGCUAUUGAUCUAUGGCAUGAAGUUCAGGAAAGAGAAAAUUGGUUAAAUACUUGCUUUACAGAUGGAAUACAUUUUACAUCCGAAGGGAACCAAAUAGUAGCGAAGGAGAUACUUAAGGUUCUGAGAGAGGCAGAUUGGGAACCAAGCUUAUACCACAGCAAAAUGCCAAUUGAAUUUGGGCAAGAUUCACCAUUUGAUGCAGUUAGUGCUGAUGGAAAAACAACUGUUAAUACAUCAAAACGACCCACAUCACAGAUUUUGCAGUGGGAAUUAUCUGAUGACAUUGAGAAUGAACAGUCCAGCUAAAGCAACACCAAUUGAGAAUCUUAAUGCUAUGUCUUAUUUUACUUUUUUGCAGAACCAUUUUGUUCAAAAUCUGAGUAUAUAAAAAAAAAAAAAAAAAAAUUGUAUUCAAUUAUGUUGCUUGUAUGUUUGUUAGUUUCACCUGUAUUGGGUAGAGUCAAAUUGGGUAGAGUCAAAGUUCAAAUGUAUUAUCCAGUGUUAAAGUUCUGUUGAAAGAAGAAAUUAUCAGUGCACUUUUCCUUUA